UAUCCCGGAAAAAUAGGUGCCCGCCUCGGAGAUGCCCUUGCUCCCCGAUCCCAAGUCGUCCAGUUCGCUGCACCUCCCGUCCCCGUGAUGCCCUCGCCGUGACCUCACCGGCGGCCGUUAUGACCUCGCCGGCUUCCACCUCUUCCUGGUUCUCCGGAAUCGUGGGCACAGCAUCCGGCAAUCCCCUUUCUUCAGCCAUGCCUCCCGCCGGCGGCGUCACCUCUGCCCCCGUCUCCCUUCCCGACACCCCUGCUGCCGUCACCUCUGCCCCUGUAGCCACCACAGGCGUAUGCGCGCGCAGGAAGCAGCUCCAGGGCACGCUGUUCAAGUACGGGCCCAAGUCCGCUCAGGUUGCGUUUAGGACUGGUGAUUUUACCCGCCAGCUGAUUUUCAUUGGUGGUUUGACAGAUGGGCUCUUAGCAACUGAUUACUUGGAACCAUUAUCACUUGCGUUGGAGGUUGAGAAAUGGUCACUGGUUCAGCCAUUACUUUCUUCAUCAUACAUUGGAUACGGAAUUUCCAGCUUGGAGCAAGAUGCAUUGGAACUUGAUCAGCUCAUCGGCUACUUGAUAAAUAAAGAAAAUUCUGAAGGAGUAAUACUGCUCGGUCACAGCACUGGUUGCCAGGAUAUUAUACAUUACAUGCGGACAAACUUUGCAUGUUCCAAAGCAGUUUCUGGAGUAAUUUUGCAGGCCCCAGUAAGUGACAGGGAGUAUAGGGCAACUUUUCCAGAAACAGGAGAAAUGAUAGAUCUGGCAGCAAAAAUGAUUAGUACGGGCCGUGGAAUGGAUUUGAUGCCCAGAGAAGCAAAUUCAGAUGCUCCAAUUACUGCCUACAGGUUCCAUUCCCUUUGUGCAUAUAUGGGCGAUGACGAUAUGUUCAGUUCUGAUCUUAGUGAAGAUCAGCUGAAGCAGAGACUUGGUCAUAUGUCAACCACACAGUGCCUGGUUAUUUUUUCAAUGGCGGAUGAGUAUGUCCCAGAAUACGUCGAUAAGAAGGCUCUCGUAGACAGACUCUGUCAUGCACUUGGAGAUUCAGAGAAAGUUGAAAUAAAAUGGGGAAACCAUGCUCUUUCCAACAGGGUGCAAGAGGUUGUCGAGGUUAUUUUAGAUUUUGUUAAGAGGGAGGGACCCAAAGGAUGGGACGAUCCAUGGAGCUAGAUACAGACUGAUGCAAUCUUUAAACCCCCCCCCCCCCCCCCCCACCCCCAGGUAGAAUCUUUCGUUUUUGCAGUUUUAUUGGUCCAAUUUUCUAUGUACUAAUGUCAUCUGUGGACAUUCAGAUACGCUAUUUGAAAUUGUAAAUUGUAAUUCUACUA